AUGGCAAGAGGCAAAGUCCAAGCGAGGUCCUCGAAAGAGGAAAUCAUCGGCGGGCUGGUCAUCGGCUGCGUGCUGGGCGUCGUCGCCUUCGUCGUCAGCUUCCUCGCGCUCUUCUUCGUCAAGGCCUGGUUCGUCAACAGGCGGGCCGCGGCGGCGCACCAUGACAGUGGUCCUCGGGCGCGACGGCGGCGGCGGCAACCGCAGCCACGGCAACCGAAUGAUCAACACGGCCGGCCGCGGAUGGCGGAGGUUUGA